AGGGGGAGGAGGAAAGCGCAAAGGGAAAAGCAAGAAGUGGAAGGAAAUCCUUAAGUUCCCUCACAUCAGCCAGUGCGAAGACCUCCGAAGGACCAUAGACAGAGAUUACUGCAGUUUAUGUGACAAGCAGCCAAUUGGGAGGAUGCUUUUUCGGCAGUUCUGUGAAACCAAACCUGGGCUGGAGUGUUACAUUCAGUUCCUAGACUCAGUGGCAGAAUAUGAAGUUACUCCAGAUGAAAAACUGGGAGAAAAAGGGAAGGAAAUUAUGACCAAGUACCUCACCCCAAAGCCUGACUUCUUUGCGGCUCCUCCUGAUAUCCUUGAAGCUGAUGUGCCAGCUGGGGCUCCUCACAGCAGGCCAGAGCGUGCCCAUCUGGAUCCCUUUUCUUUUCUUGUGACCUUCCAGUCCCCAGUCUUCAUUGCCCAAGUUGGUCGGGACCUGGCCUCUCAGACAGAGGAGAAGCUCCUUCAGAAGCCCUGCAAAGAACUCUUUUCUGCCUGUGUACGGUCUGUCCACGACUACCUGAAGGGAGAGCCAUUCCACGAGUAUCUGGACAGUAUGUAUUUUGAUCGCUUUCUCCAGUGGAAGUGGUUGGAAAGACAACCGGUAACCAAAAACACUUUCAGGCAGUACAGAGUACUCGGCAAAGGGGGCUUCGGGGAGGUCUGCGCCUGCCAGGUUCGGGCCACAGGUAAGAUGUAUGCGUGCAAGCGCCUGGAGAAGAAGAGGAUCAAAAAGCGGAAAGGGGAGUCCAUGGCCCUCAACGAGAAGCAGAUCCUGGAGAAGGUCAACAGUCAGUUUGUGGUCAACCUGGCCUAUGCCUACGAGACCAAGGAUGCUCUGUGCUUGGUUCUGACCAUCAUGAACGGGGGUGACUUAAAGUUCCACAUCUACAACAUGGGUAACCCCGGCUUCGAGGAGGAGCGAGCCUUGUUCUACGCGGCAGAGAUCCUGUGCGGCUUGGAAGACCUCCACCGCGAGAACACCGUCUACAGAGAUCUGAAACCUGAGAACAUCCUGCUGGAUGAUUAUGGCCACAUUAGGAUCUCGGACCUCGGUCUGGCCGUGAAGAUCCCCGAGGGAGACCUGAUCCGUGGCCGGGUGGGCACCGUCGGCUACAUGGCGCCAGAGGUCCUGAACAACCAGAGGUAUGCACUGAGCCCUGACUACUGGGGUCUGGGCUGCCUCAUCUACGAGAUGAUCGAGGGCCAGUCGCCGUUCCGAGGCCGCAAGGAGAAGGUGAAGCGGGACGAGGUGGACCGCCGGGUGCUGGAGUCGGAGGAGGUGUACUCCCACAAGUUCUCGGAUGAGGCCAAGGCCAUCUGCAAACGGCUGCUCACCAAAGACGCAAAGCAGAGACUGGGCUGCCAGGAGGAGGGGGCUGCGGAGGUCAAGAGACACCCCUUCUUCAGGAACAUGAAUUUCAAGCGCUUAGAAGCCGGGAUGUUGGAUCCCCCCUUCAUUCCAGAUCCCCGAGCCGUGUACUGCAAGGACGUGCUGGACAUCGAGCAGUUCUCCACCGUGAAGGGCGUGAACCUGGACCACACAGAUGACGACUUCUACUCCAAGUUCUCCACGGGCUCUGUGUCCAUCCCCUGGCAAAGCGAGAUGAUAGAAACAGAAUGCUUUAAGGAGCUGAAUGUGUUUGGGCCCAAUGGUACCCUCUCGCCGGACCUGAACAGAAGUCACCUUCCAGACCCGCCAAAGAAAGGGCUGCUGCAGAGAAUCUUCAAGCGUCAGCACCAGAACAAUUCCAAGAGAACGCCCAACUCCAAGACCAGUUUUAACCACCACAUAAAUUCAAACCACAUCAGUUCCAACUCUGCCGGAAGCAGCUAGUUGCAGCUAGCUGGGUGUCCACGACGGGACCGGCACAGACUCUUCUCCUCAGAUGUGGACCUUGUGGGCAGGGAGCCCUCCAGAGCUGGGGAAAGAGGCCAUCCAUUCCUCCAGGUUUCUCAGAGAGAUUUCCACUCAGGUCUGUUUUCAGAGGUGGCCCUCGAGCCAAGGCAGAUCGGAGUUGUCUCUGUCGAACAUUGCAAUAGAAAUCCAAUCGGAUACAACUUGCACGUAUUUUUAAUAGCGUCAUAACUAGAACUGAAUUUUGUCUUUAUUAUUUUUAAAGAAAAGUUUUGUAAAUUUCUCUAUUGUCUCAGUUUACAUUUUGUAUAUUUGUAUUUAAAUGAAAGUCAGAUUUUGAGGGUGUAUAUUUUCUGUGCAGCCACUGUUAAGCCAUGCGUUCUAGGACAUUUUAGAGUCGGGGUGGGGGAUGGGGGGUGUGGAUUAAAAAAAAAAAUGUGACUCAAGACUUCCAGAGCCUCAAAUGAGAAAAUGUUUUUAUUAAAUGUAGAAAAUGAUUCACAUUUUACUUUUAAAGGAUUGGUUGUAUCCAUCUCUAUAACCUUUCCCUGAUAGCACCAUUCUGUUGGCCUGUAAGGGUCUGAAUUCAAUGCCCUGACACACGUGGACGUGGCCCUGGCCGGAACGCCCCCUGCUGGGGUCUUGGGGGCUGUCUGGGGCCACUCCCUCGGGGUGCGCGCUUCUCCUUCAGAGGCACUGUGGCUCCAGCCUUGGUCUCCUCUUCCUCCCGGAGGGCAGCUGGUACGAGGAGCUGUGUGUCUUCCCCACAGUGGUCUCUGGGCUUCUUUCUAAGCAGGUUCUGACUGCUAAAGCCAGUAUGUUUUCAGGAGGUUUGUGUUUGGGGAUUUUUGUUUCACUCUGUUUUUAAGAGCAGCAUGCUAAUGAUAAGGAGCUAAGGAACUUAAGGUGUUCCAAACCCUUACUCUGGACGCACCAGGGAGCUGGGACCAGCAGGUGUCCUGAGUGUAUCUAUGCAGUAGGAGGGAGGCUUGGCCUGGGACGCCAGGCAUGUUCUGGGGUCAUGGGGUCUUGGGCGUCACAGGGCCCCACAGAUUCACUGGCCCAGGGGGCAUGGAUGGAGAGAGGGCUGGGCUGCCCAAAAAGCUCAGGAAGAACAUUGUUAUUUCCUGAGAGAGUUGGGGCAAAAGCAAGCUGCAAUCGGGUAUCUCAAAAUUUCAUGCACAAGCCCUUGGUGGCUUUGCCAGACCGGGCUUCUGAAGGCAGUCCCGGGCCUUUUGAACAUGACUGUCCAUCCCCAGGGCGCUAGUGGCUCCCCUGGCUGCCUCUACGAGGUGACAAGGAGCAAAUCCGUCCUCCCCUCCCCUCCCAGAGAGGGUGAGCAGCAGCUGGCCUCCCCUGUUCCCCUGCCUGGUUGAGUCCCUGGAGACUGAGUCGGCCACAGUCAGAACCUGGUCUCAACCACCUGGCAACUGCCAGGGUUUCUCCUAGGGUGGGCCCUGUAUCAGCAUCUCCCAUCAAAAUGCAGGUUCCUGGGCUCCCACCAAACCUAUAGCAGGGGAUUCUCUGGGAGUAAGGCUCAGGAGUCUGCAUCUUUGAAAAGCUCUCCGGAUCAUUCUGACGUGCCCCGGAGAAAGAACCACUGCCUUCAGUCAUCAGUCAUUUGGGGCUUCCAAUGUGAUUGCCCCAAACUUAUUUCUGUAGGAGAGAGUGACAGGCGUGUCAGCCUCAUGUCCCAGUUUCUGUGCUCUUUCCCGAACUAUGCCAGUGGGUCCUGGGGCCUACUGCUAGGAAAGGGCUCAUUUUGAGGUCAUUUUGCAAACAAAAGGGAGAGAAGGAACAGUUGGGCUUCUCUCCGAUCCCAUUAAUGCACAGUAUUGUUUUCCUCUUGACCGGCUCUUGUCCCACAAGGCUUCUUCCCUUACCUUUCUUGGGCUGUGCACAAGACAAACACAAACAGCCAUGUUCAGCUUUUGCCAAGAAGUGGAAAGCUCUUUGACCAGUAUUUUAAGAUCCCCAAGCUCUUGCUGACCCUCCUUUCUUAAGGAAAAGGAAAGUCAUCUAACUGGGACUGUCACCAGCCCAAGCCACCAACCUCCUGUCCAGAAGUUUCCUUCCUUUUGCCCAAUUCAUAGCAGUCCAGCCGUCUCACCAGUGUUAAGGAGCAGUCUCUGUUUAUGCCUCAAAGCCACACACUGUCCAUUUGCUGUGUGAAUUCCUGCCUCAAAGAGCAAGGGGAAAAAACAUGGAUCUGCCUCAUGUGUUUCCACACCAUGAAAGCUCUAACGAUGCUAAAGCACCGUCUUUGCGUGACUCUUAAAGUAACUGGCGUCUUCCUUUGCAUCUGCCCCCUGUCCGCACUGAGUGCUCUUAGGAUGGGGGGUCAGAGUCACUACCCUUCAGUCCUCUGCUCCUUUUGGCCCGCUGCUUUGUACAACAGAAGGGAAGCCUUCAUUCAGAACAGUGCCUGGGAAUCAGCCCUCCUCCCCACAGAGCCUGUGGGUCAGCAUAGGUCCUGUCCACACCCCUCCCUUUUUAUUCCAGCUUGUUUUCUACAGCUGCAUUUUUUUAAAAGAUAUUUUUGAAUUAAAAAAACCCACCUUCCCACCCAUCCCCCUGUCCAGGAUGAGGCCUCUUUGGACAGUGAGUGCAUAUAAACCUUUUACACUGCAUUUGAGCUCUUCACAGAAGGGCCUUGACCCAAGCGUGACGUUCCUCUCACAGGACGUUCCUGACUUGUGCCUUUGAGGUGAAAUGCAGGGUCCCGCAGAAACCUCUCUGCUUCCCCUCUCCAGGAGACCAGCGGCUGUCCUGAGUGGGGCGGGGGCGGUCUCUGCCUUGAUCACCAUGACCGAUGAGUGUUUUCUGAGCCCCCUGGGGUGGGGGUGUUCCAGAAGAUCACCUGUGAUAUCAUGAAGACCCAGUCCCCGCCUUCACAGAGGGGUGGCACCACAGCCCACAUCAGCUGUUCUCUACUUUCUCUAGGCCAGGAGCAUCACUUUGUAAACCGUGAGGCAUCAAGGCUGCUUGCUUGCACAGUUGCUAAGUGUUGCUAUGCCUUCGGCGGCCCUCCCAGGGCUUGCUCGUUUCCUGAAAUGCACUGCUCUCGACAAGCUCUUGGUCUCAGAGGGGCAGGUGGUGAGGAAGCCAUGCUGCAAGGAAGAGAGUGGGUGGCCUGGUCACACCUGACAGGCAGCCUGCUGGGACAGAUGCUGGUGAGUUCUGGGGACACCCAGGUGAACACCGUCUUGGCAUUGAAAGUCGGAUGUGGCCGCCUGCCCUCGGCCUAGGGAGCCUGCCUAGGCGGAAGGCCUGCCUGCCGAGAAGCCGGGGCUCUCCAAGCCUCUCCAAGGAGCCUGCCCACUGGGAAGCUCCUCCUCACUCCUCCACACACCUGGCCUUCCCCUGGCUCAGUCACAGGUUUGUCUCCCACCGACUUUCUCGUGUGAGCUGCUGACCCAGGCCUCAAUUUGGAGAGAGCACCGCCCAGAGCCCAGCAUCUCAGGCCUCGCCAAAGGGACAGCAGCCUCGUGGACAACCUGCAGUCCACCGAGCCAAGGAGGACGUGCCAGCCGGGGUGACAUCUGCGCUCCUUGGUGUCCAUGUGAGCGUAGGAGAGAACCUCUUGCGGGUGUCUCCUGUUCUCAUAACCCCGCACUCUGAGAUAGGGCCUCCUAACUUUUUAGCUUUUGCUAUGGAAAAAGAAUGAGUGUGAAAUCUUUGUGAAUUUUGAAGCAACUGAGCUCAGUCAUGAGCAGCAGAGAAAUUGCAUCUUUCUGAUUACAAUAGACCACGAUGCAAAGCCUUGCCCCCCAAGAAUCCUCCAGCACCUGCUUUCAGAACCAACCAUUCCAGCUUUUGUCGCUCAGCCUGGCAGAGUGUGCAGGUCGGAGCCCGCUCGGGCCCAGGCUGUCCCCUAGGGUCUAACUUGAAAGGCUUGUGCUGGGGUCAGUGGUUAAAACAUUUGAAAAGCUGGCUAUCCCUAGGAGGGGGAAGAUGCUUCCCAAGAGAAGGAUCUAGAUAUCUUUCCCAAUCUAUCAAUAAGUCGUCUUUGUAAUAGAUCAAAAGCAAA